CCUCUAAUAAACUCUUUCUCUAAAUUCCACAAACACUAAAUGAAUGGUAAACACUUUAUAGUUAACUAACACUUACUUUCCCUGUCCUCCUGUCUCAUUUACUACGAUAAUUAGUGUAUUAUUAUUACUAUUAGUUAGUGGUAGUACCUCGGUCAGGGUGAGAUUUGGAUAACCCACCCAGAUAUUUAUUAAAGAGGAAGAAAAGGAAGUGACUCAUUGAGUACAAAUUCUAAUAAAGGGCUGUUUUUUUCAUCAUCUUAGGAGUUUAUUUCCAAUUAAAUUGUUUAAUUGGCCUCUAGUCGACCUUGACUGAUUUGUUGUUGAAAAGCUAAAAAGGUCGAAGGUUUAGUCGAAUGGCCAGUUUGAAACAUGGAGGUCGAGGAGGAGGCGGCCACAUGGACGAAUUUUGUUACGUCGUAGCCAAAUAUGACUACACUGCUCAAGGCGCACAGGAAUUGGAUCUCAGAAAAAACGAGAAAUAUCUUUUACUCGACGAUACAAAGCAUUGGUGGAGGGUCCAAAGCGCCCGAGGUCAGUCAGGCUAUGUCCCCAGUAAUUACGUGAAACGGGAAAAGCCAUCCAUUUUCGAUAGUAUAAAAAAGAAAGUAAAAAAGGGUACGACAGGAUCAAAAACUUUGCCAAAUUCCCCUUCGAGAAAUAUAGAAGUUCCCCCACCAGCUAGCCACGUUUCUCCGAGUCACGGCGGCUAUAAUGGAAACGGUGCCACAAACUAUAAGGCGAUCGAUCUCCGACCGCUCGAUCCGCAAGAAGCAAUUGGCACGGCGUUGGUCAAGUAUGCGUACCAAGCACAACAAAUGGACGAAUUAGCCUUGAUCAAAGGGAGUCGGAUACUCAUUUUAGAAAAGUCGAAUGAUGGGUGGUGGAAGGGUCAAUAUGGAAGUCACAUUGGAUGGUUCCCUUCCAAUUAUACCCAGGAAGAGCAAGAAGUCGACGAAACUCUUCAUACUUAUGCCAUGGCUGAAAAUGUUCUCGAUAUUAUGGUGGCUCUCUACAAUUUCACGGCGCAGAACGACCAAGAACUAAGUUUCGAGAAGGGGGACCGCCUCGAAAUAGUUGACCGGCCUUCGUCCGAUCCAGAUUGGUACAAAGCGAGGAAAUCCAACGGACAAGUGGGGCUCGUUCCACGAAAUUAUUUACAAGAGUUAUCUGAAUUCCUUACUCAACCAUUACGUGAAACAAAUGGGGCCGGAACGAAUGGACAUCACAAUAAUCGCCCAGUUCAUGACCGGGCUUACCUUUUGUCCAAAAACUGGUAUUUUGGUGCCAUUUCGCGUGCCCAGUGUGACCUCCUGCUUAACGACAGAGGACUUGAUGGCGACUUCCUUAUAAGAGAUUCUGAAACCAAUGCAGGAGAUUUUUCAGUGAGUUUGAAGGCACCCGGAAGGAAUAAGCAUUUCCGCGUGCAUCUCGAAGGUGGACAAUUUGGCAUCGGGCAGAGAAAAUUUAUUUCCUUGGACCAACUUGUCGAACAUUACCAACGAGCUCCCAUUUACACGAAUCAACGAGGAGAGAAACUUUACCUGGUUCGAGCACUUCCAAGACCUCCAAACUCGUCAUGUUGAUGAAACUGUUAAAUUCUCAUUAUCACAAGUAAUUAGUUAAUUAUGAAGACAUUCGCUUCCCCUAUUUAUUUAAAUACCCACUUAUUUCUCAUUGUUUUUCAAUUCUACAAUUUUUUACCAUCAUGCAUUUUGUUCAUUCCUGACUUGAUUGUUUUCUGUUUUUCUUUUUUUGUGUGUACAAACAUAAAAAUGUUGUAUCCACCAAUAUAUGUACGGUUAGCCAUAUGUAUGUAUUUAUGAUUAUUAUGUCGUUCGUGUCUUCAUCCUGUUGGAUUUUCGAUUACAAAUAUGUCCAUUUACUGUGAAGUUAAUUAACGGUAAUGACAUGCAACUUUCCCAUAUUGUCGUAGUACAUAAUUAGAAUAAUGUCUAGCUUGGUUGUUGCUGUUGUUCUUGUUGUAAUACUUGUUGUAAUGAGUAAUAAUGUAAUCCUGCUGCUUUCACUUGAUGAAAUUAUAAUGCACCAAAUUCGUCAAGUGAGUAAGUUUUGUCUGUAUUAACAUGUAUGUAACUGGCUACAUAUAAACUACCACUACUACUUGCUCAUCUUAAUGUAAAUCUUGUUGUAAUCGUAAAAUCUUUGUCGUUUACUUUUUGUCUUCAUUUCUUGUCGUCAUAAAACUAGAGCAAAAAGUUUGUGUAUUGCUCGGCUUACUAGUAAUGAUAAGUUUAGGAUUAAAUAAUUAUAUUUAGAUCUGCUAAUACUGCUGAUGCUGAAUGAAUAAUUAAAGUUGAUAUAAAAAACUGUAGAGUUUAGCUUUAUAAAUUUUGUAAGUUUUUCACUCGAAGUAAAUACUACAACAAAACAUUAAUUCUUAUGAAAUAGUAGCUUAAUUAAUUAAUAAUUAAUUACAAACCAACAUUAUAACGUUCUACAUACGCAGAACCGAAUUUUGUUAACUAGUCUCCACCAGUGUCGGCGACUUUUAUUUUUUGUUGCAUUAAUUCGAAUUAAUUAGAAUAAGUAACUCAACUCUAACGAAUCACAAAGACUAAACAUGUGCGGAAUAAUUUAAAAAUUACAUGUUAAACUUAAUCUUGUUGCAUUUAAUGGCAUAUGUCCGACGGAAACCUUGAUGUUGUACAUUUUCUUGAGUAUACUUUUUUAACAAGACAAAUACCAAAACUAUGAAUUCCGAACGUUUUUCUUGUCUUUAUUGUUUCUUUUUGUUACAAUAUUUAUAAAUUCUUACCUCAUCUAGAUAUUUACAUGUAGAUCAUUUCUUCUUAUUUACCAAGAAAGACGAUAAUGUACCAUUACUUUGUCAGAUUAUACAAAAAACCAUGUAAAUUAUGAUUUGAGGUGAAAGUUACGUAUGUACACGUCGUACUUUAAGUGAGCCAAUUUUUUGCAAUGCAGCUAACUGACGCUACAUUAAAAUAAUCAAUGUUACACUUAUGUUACAAGUUGUGUUGUGUACAUCUCCAGUAAUUUUGAUGAUUUACAAUGAUUAAUUUCUUGUAAUUCGUACAACAAAAAUGAAACCAAGGUCUGAUUAAAUAUUUGCUAGUUAUUUAAACCAUAACGUUUAGUUAGUUGAGUAGAACAACAAUAAAGUUUAAGUUUACAUGCAAAAACA